CUAUCAUCCAAGUCACGUCCUAUAUGAUCAACCUCGACUGGUUUUGUUCACCAGGAAAAGAAGCAAUCUCAACUAAAUUCAGAGGAUUACUUUCGAGGCGAUUCUCACACGGACUGUCUACUGUGUUGACAAGGUGGAGGAAUGUGCACCCAUGGAGGACUAGGAGCCUGGAAUUAAGCACAGGAGAGAGAAGAUGUCAAAGAUGGGACAAUAAAGGAGAAGUAGUUUUGGGGCCUGUGCGAACUUCCUGCGGCAGCGGUUGGAUGUGCACAUUGACCUGGCCACGAUGACGAUGAAAGGCCUGUCCAGCAGCCGCAGUCACCACCAUGCGGUGACCUGCGAUCCCUCCUAUGAGUCCAUGACCCUAGGGCACUCGGAUCGCCGGUCUUACUUCCUGAACCCCAGUGAGGCUCAUCCUGGUGAUCACUCUUGCUACACCCAGCGCCCCAACUCUUUCCAGUCCGAGUGCAGUGCCUACCCCGAUUUGGCCAGCUGCACCUUUCCUCGCAGACAUUACGGCUCUCACCACGAGCUGAAAGAGGAGUGCAGCGCUGUGGUGCCUUACACAGGGCCUACAGGUGGCAGUAAAGGGGGUGGAGGUGGAAACAACAACAACCGCAUCCCCUCUAACCUGCUCGAGCAGUUUGAAAGCCAGGCACCAGUACGGCGUGAAGGUUACCACACACUGCAGUAUAAGCGCACCGCAGUAGAACAUCAACGUAGCGACAGCCCAGGUCGUAUCCGCCAUCUUGUUCACUCUGUCCAGAAGCUUUUCACCAAGUCACACUCCUUAGAGGGGCCCUCAGGGUCUGCUGGAGGAGGGAGCGGGAGGAUGAAUGGCAGUAAAUCCAGUCCAGAUGAUCCUCCUUCCUCCUCCGGCACCCUGAAGCAUAGUAAGCGUAGUAAGAGCAAAGACCGCUCCAAGUCAGAGCCUAAGAUGCGAUCUGCCAUCUCAGGCUACUGGAGCUCAGAUGAUACGUUGGAUCGCGAGGUGUGUCUCUACCAUCACCACCACGGGGGCAGCAGUGGAGGCCUGCCUACUGGGGUCAUGACUAUGGGGCGUCACCCGGACAAAUCCCAGUCGCAGUACUUCAUGGAAUCCUACAACACCAUCAGCGCUCACUCUCUGAAGACAUCCCGCAGUAACAACGAUGUGAAGUGCUCAACAUGCUCCGGGGGCAGCAGUGGGGCCAUGCCGCUCGUGGGCCCGAUAGAUGGCCAGAUGCAGCUGAAGAAGAGCUCGUGGUCGUCGACUCUGACGGUGAGCAGAGCGAGAGAGGUCUACCAGAAGGCCUCAGUCAACCUAGAUAAAGCUCUAGUGAAAGCCGAGCAGGGACGCACCUGCCACUUCCUUCAGGUGCCUCAGGAUGACUGGAGUGGUUUUUCACCGCUGGGGAAGGAUGACGAGAUCCCUUGUCGGCGGAUGCGCAGCGGCAGCUACAUCAAAGCCAUGGCAGAGGACGACAGCGGGGACUCGGACUGCAGCCCCAAACCCUCACCCAAGGUCCAGGCUCGCCGUGCAAGCUACCUGAAGGCCACACAGCCGUCCCUCACAGAGAUGACCACGCUAAAGAUUUCCACCGAGCACUCGCCCAAGCUACAGAUCCGGAGUCACAGCUAUCUGCGGGCGGUGAGUGAGGUUUCCAUCAAUAGGAGUCUGGACAGCUUGGACCCGGCAGGGCUGCUGGCCUCGCCUAAAUUCCGCUCGCGAAACGAGAGCUACAUGAGAGCCAUGAGCACCAUCAGCCAGGUGAGCGAGGUGGAGGUGAACGGCCAGAUCGAGGCGGUGUGUGAGUCAGUGUUCAGCGAGAUGGAGUCGCAGGCGGUGGAUGCCCUGGACCUGCCCAUGCCCGGCUGUUUCCGCAUGCGGAGCCACAGCUACGUGCGUGCCAUAGAGAAGGGCUGCUCACAGGAUGAAGAGGAGGGUGGGAUGACAGUGGGAAAGAGGAGGACCCACUCACCCCCGCGCACUGCCACCACCGUCAGAACUAUCCAGAGCAGCACAGUAUCAUCAUGCAUCACCACCUACAAGAAAACGCCUCCCCCAGUCCCACCGCGGACCACCCCAUCCAAACCCUUCAUCUCCAUCACAGCCCAGAGCAGCACCGAGUCGGCCCAGGAUGCCUACAUGGAUGGCGGCUCAGGCCAGCGGGCGGGCAUCAGCUCCCAGCCAGGCCUGUCCAACUCCACAGAGAGCAUAGACAGCAUGAAGGCGUUGACGGCGGCCAUUGAGGCGGCUAAUGCUCAGGUGCACGGCCCUGCCAGUCAGCACGUCACCAACAGCACCAUCACCAUCACAGCCACAGCCACCACCUCCACUGUCGCACACAUGUCCACUGACAGUAAGGCGCAGAGGGAAGCGCUCAGGAAGUGCCUCUCCAUAGGAAUCCAGGUGGAUCCAGAGGAAGGAGAGCCUACAGAAGAGCAGUCCAAAUUCCAGUCAAUAGGAAUUCAGGUGGAGGAUGACCGCUGUUACCGGAGGAUGACACGCUCCAACAGUGUAACCACGGCUGUGCAAGCUGACCUCGAUGACCCAUCAGAAGCCCCAGCUCCUCUGCCCCGCUACUGCGCCACCAUGCCGCGCCAGCACUCCCGUGACGCUGCCACCUCCACCGUCAGCAUCCAGGGCUCAGGCAACCACUACCACGCCUGCACCGGAGAUGACUAUGGCGAGGUAGGCUUCGACCCAUCCAUCCUGCCCCCUCCAGACCCUUGGAUGGACAAUGUGCCGGAGCCGAACAUGGAAGCUCUGGAGGUCGUUGCACAAUCAGUGUGCCCUCGCGACGGACGCUGGUUCCUCAAGCUGCUGCAGGCCGAGACGGAGAGGAUGGAGGGGUGGUGCAGACAGAUGGAGCAUGAUGAGAUGGAGGUUGAGCUGCCUGAUGAGAUCCUGGGGAAGAUCCGCAGUGCAGUGGGGAGUGCCCAGCUGCUGAUGUCCCAGAAGUUCCAGCAGUUCCGGGAGCUGUGUGAGGAGAAUCUGAAUCCAAAUGCACACCCACGGCCCAUCUCCCAGGACCUGGCUGGUUUCUGGGACAUGCUCCAGCUGUCCAUUGAGAACAUCAGCCUGAAGUUUGAUGAACUCCACCAACUCAAAGCCAACAACUGGAAACCUCUGACCCCGCCAGAAAUUCAGGAGAGAAGGAUGCCCCCUCCCGUGCCAAAGAAGCCCCUGAAGGGCCACCCUCCCCUGGCUAGGGACCGCUCGCUGGAGAGCUCCGAGCGCCAGCGUCUGGAGGCUCGCAAACGCCUGCUAGCUGCCAAACGUGCCGCAUCGGUUCGGCAGAGCUCUGCUACCGAGAGUGCAGACAGUAUCGAGAUCUAUAUCCCUGAGGCUCAAACCAGACUAUGAGACACACAAACACACAUCACUCACACAACGCCCAAUACACUGUCCCAUCCAGGCAAUAGCACUGAACAGUGAGGCUAGGGUGCUAACGUGACAUAAUCACACUUUUUGUAGACUCUCCUGUGGAGUCAAUCAAAAUCCUUACAGCGAAGUGUACAUUUACAGUAUUUAUUUAUUUAUUUUCUACCCCUCUCCCUCUUAUUUCACGUCCCAGCUUUGAUGUAGCAGCCCUUUCUCUUAAUCCACCUGCCCCUCACUUACAGAGAUGUAUCUAAUGAAUCCAUCUUUGAAGUGACCUGAUAUUACAAAGAAAGCCAGGUGUAGCACAGCAGUGACGCUUCACGUUUAUGUGUGAGAGCUUUCACAGGAAAACAGGGAGAGGAGCAUGCAUGUGCAUGUGCAGUGUGUGUCUGUACUGUAUAGACAUGCCAACAAACAUUAAGAGUGAUAUAUUUGAUCUGAUCUUUGAUGAAAUACAUCAGAUUUAAUGAAGAAACCAGACGCGACCUAUUCACAAGUAUUAGAGAUGUAUUAUUUAUGCUAAUUUAUUUUUAUAUUUGUAUAAAAGCCCAUGAUUUGACUCCAGAGUACCUUAAAGUGGGUUGCUUUUUGGAGUUUGACAUAAUAAGAACUCAAGACAAGGAUAAUUCAGUGUCUGUUAAAGACACAGUCUGCCCUCUGUCUUAAAAGGGGUCUUUCCAGCAGCAGGAAAGGUCAAAAGGUCAGAGUUUGCUCCUGCAAGGGUGACAGGAGCAGUUUUCACAGUCCUGCAGAGGGAAAUUCACUAAAGGAAAUCAGCUACAAAAUGCCACAAACCUUUUUUUGUUCAAUGGAGUGUUUCUGCCGAAUGGUCUGUUUUGUUCGGUACAGUUUGGUAGGAUAAACCUGAGCUUCAUUAGAUUUCAAUAACCAAUCUUUCUUGGGAAUUGUUUAAUCAUGAAUACCUGAGGCCUGGUUGGCUGGCAACUCCUGGGAAGGUUCACCAGUGUUCUGAGUUUUCUCCAUUUGUGGAUAAUGGCUCACACCAUGGUUCGCUGGUGUCCAAAAGCCUUAGACAUGGUCCUGCUCUGGAGCAGAGCCUAGGUGCGCCCACCCCGCUGCCGUGCGUGGCCCAGUGACGUCACAGCGGACAUCGUCGUCAUUUGGGGACGCCUCGUAGAGCUGUUUAGGUAGCAACAGCUGCAGUUUAAAAUGACUGCCAGAUUACCAAUAGAAGAAGAAGAAACUAUGAAGUAGAAACAAUGGCCAACUCUUGGACAGGCGAAGAUACAAAGCAAGCUUACUGAAACGCAGCUAUUUAAUGCCCUUUCAUCAGCUCUAGACACUCCCUCAAACAAGUUGCUUGGUUGUGGUGGAUGAGCAAAGUGCAGAGAAAAGCCCAUUUGUAUCCCCUUCCAGACUGAUAGAUGUCAGUGACUUUGUUUCUUAUCUGUUCUUGAGUUUCCUUAGAUUGCAGCAUGAUGUGUUGCUUUUUUUAGAUCCUUUAAGCUACUUUGUCAGUGAUUUCUUGAGUCAGCAGGUCUGGCAGUAAUCAGGUCCUGGGUGUGGCUGGUGAAAUUUUCCCCAAAAUGUUGUUAACCACAGUUAAUUCAUGAUUUAACAAGGGAGGGCAAUUACUUUUUCACAUAGGG